GGUGACAAUCGGUUCUACACUGCCUCUCUAUUUCUCUCCCAACUCACCCAUUCAACCAACUACUGCCAUGUCUAGGAACAGCGCCUUUAGCAUGUUCGGUGGGGCCGGAGGAAGAGGCUCCAGGGUUUCCGUGGCCAGUCUGGAGGGGCUGCGGAACGUGAUGCGUUACGACCCGGAGAAUUCGAAGGAGGUCUCUCCUGCCCCAGGGCCCGCCGCGGAUGAUAAGAAGACCAUGAAGGGUCUCAACGACCGUCUGUCAAGCUACCUGGGCAAGGUGAGGAACCUGGAGGAAGCAAACAAAGAUCUGGAGGAUCAGAUUCAGGACAUCUUGGACAAGAGGGGAGACCCCAACGGCCGCGACUGGGAUGUGGUUGAGAAACCGUUGAAUGACCUCAGGAAGAAGGUGAUUUUUCACACAGUUAAUUAUUUAAUAUGAUUAAUUAGACUGAUUUAUUCUGCAUUUCGCCCUUUAAACGAUCAAUGUACAGUAUGUCUAUGUCAGCUGAGCUUAUUCACCUGAUAGUCACCUGAUCUCAGUCUGUGAAUAAUUUUGUGUGUUUAGUGAAUUUUCAAUAACUGGCCCAUGUUCUCUCUGUUUCAGCUCCGUGAUAUGACCAUGGAUAAUGCGCAUUUAUUGCUGCAAAUUGACAACACCAAACUGGCCAAUGAUGACUUCAAAAACAAGUGAGACAUGACAUGCUUUCAAUUUAUUAUAGAAAAAGACCUGGAGAUUUAUUUAACACACUUAGUAGUAUCCACAAUGAAUUAUAAAAAAUAGGAAACAAAUACACAAAAUAAAAUACAUAUUAUUGGAUUGGAUUAUUAUGUUAUUAUUAUGUCAUUAUAAUAAAAAAAAUAUAUGAAAAUGGUUGUCAUUUACAUAUAGCACUCCUUGCUAAAACCCAAUGGGUCUUUUUACAUUGUAUGGGGCUAAGAGAGACUGUGACCCAAACUCCUGUCCUCUCCUCUGCAGGCUGGACAACGAGAAGCAGGCCAGGAAGAGUGUGGAGCAGGACCUGAUUGGUCUGAAGAAGAUGAUUGACGACACCAACCUGAACCGCAUGCAGCUGGAGAGCCAGGUCGACUCUGUGAAGGAAGAGCUGGCCUUCCUCAAGAAGGACCAUAAGGACGUAAGGACACACACUCAUUCACCCACUGUUCCCAGAACAGUUUUGAGAUUUACCUCAUAAUGGUUAGGGUUAUAGCUGGGAAUGGGAGAGAUCAAAUCAAAUGUUAUUUGUCACAUGCGCCGAAUACAACAGGUGUAGACCUUACCGUGAAAUGCUUACUUACAAGCCCUUAACCAUCAAUGCAGUUCAAGAAAUAGAGUUAAGAAAAUAUAUAAAAAAUGUUAAAAAAAUAACAUAAUAAAAUGACAUAACAAUAACGAGGCUAUAUACAGGGAGUACUAGUACCCAGUGAAUGUGCGGGGGUACAGGUUAUUCCAGGUAAUUUGUACAUCUAGGUAGGGGUAAAGUGUGUGUGUGUGUGUGUGGGGGGGGGGGGGGGGGGUCAAUGUAAAUAGUCCGGGUGGCCAUGUUAUUAAUUGUUCAGCAGUCUUAUAGCUUGGGGGUAGAAGCUGUUAAGGAGCCUUUUGGACCUAGACUUGGCGCUCCGGUACCUCUUGCCGUGCGGUAGCAGAGAGAACAGUCUAUGACUUGGGUGACUGGAGCCUUUGACAAUUUUUUGGGCCUUCCUCUUACACUGCCUAGUAUAUAGGUCCUGGAUGGCAGGAAGCUUGGCCCCAGUGAUGUAUUGGGCCGUACGCAUUGUAGCGCCUUACGGUCGGAUGCCGACCAGUUGCCAUACCAGGCGGUGAUGCAACUGGUCAGGAUGCUCUCGAUGGUGCAGCUGUAUAAUAUAUAUAUAUUUUUGAUCCUAGAUCAGCUUUUACUUGAAAUAGCCCAUAAUAACUACUGUAUUCUCCCCUGCUGCAUGCAGGAGGUUGAUGAGCUGCGUAAGAAGAUCAAGGACUCCAACGUCCUCGUGGAGUUUGACUCCCAGGACAAUAACCUGAGUGAUACCAUCAACAAGAUCCGCUCCCAGUACGAGAAACUGGCCAAGAAGAACCUCAAGGAUACCGACGACUGGUACCAGAGCAAGGUAUGGAGCUUUACUUCACUAUCAAUGAUUAUCUAAUUCCUUCACUUGAUUGUUCAUUAAUUAUCUCAUUCCUUCACUUGUUUGUUCAUUCCUUAAUUAAUCUCUCUCUCUCUCUCUCUCUCUCUCCCUCUCUCUCUCUCUCUCUCUCUCUCUCUCUCUCUCUCUCUCUCUCUCUCUCUCUCUCUCUCUCUCUCUCUCUGACAGUUUGACAGCAUCAAGGUAGAAGUGGUUCAGAACACUGAGGCUCUGCAUUCAGGCAAGAAUGAGCUCAAAGACCUGCGCAGACAGAGACAGCUCCUGGAGAUAGACAUACAGGCAACACUAAGCAUGGUAAAACAUACCUACCUGCACCGUAGCGCGCACACACACACACACACACACACACACACACACACACACACACACACACACACACACACACACACACACACACACACACACACACACACACACACACAUCACAGUGUAGAAAACAAACACUGCACAGAGCCUCAUGGUAAAUACCUUUCAGCAUUCCGCAGUAAAACCCUUUCCCCGGGGCCGGACUAUAGAACUACAUAGAGGAUAUGAUAUAAUAGAAACUAUUGUCAACGCUUUGGCUGGAAGCCCUUUUCCAAGACUACAAGCCUUUUCUUGACAGGAAUUUCUGGCUAAAAAGACUCCAUUCUGUCCCCCUGUGUUGGUUUUGGUAUGUCAUCACAUUGUAGCCCAUGUAAAUGAUGGUAAAGUAAAACACUCACCUGACCAGUGACAUCACACACGCCAGACAAUGCACAACAUAGGUAACCCCAUACACCGCCUGUACUGUACUACACGCUUAGAAAAAAGGGUUCCAAAAGGGUUCGGCUAUCCCCAUAGGAGAACCAUUUUUGGUUCCAGGUAGAACCAUUUUGGGUUCCAUGUAGAACCCUCUAUAGAAAGGAUCCUACAUGGAACCAAAAUUGUUCUACAUGGAACCAAAAGGGUUCUACCUCCAACCGAAAAGGGUUCUUCAAAGGGUUCUCCUAUGGGGACAGCCGAAUAACCCUAAAUAGCACCUUUUUAUCUAAGAAUGUAGGUCAACGUAAACUGGGUCAAGGUAAAGCUGACCAUGCUAAACAGGGGUCUACUACACCCACACACUUCCCCUAACCUACAGAGCAUGCAUCACCUCUAUAUGGGGAUGUAACGUAGCUGUGUUGUCUACACACAUUCCAGCCAACCUGGUUAUUACAUUGAACUCUGUCAUUAUGAACCAGACAGAACUUCAUUACCUAUCACCAACACGGUCAUCACCUGGAACUGAUGGGAGCUUGAUCUAUCAACAACAACUAAUACAAAACAGUCCAACAUCCGAUAGCAUUUCACAAUGCCUUGCUGGGUGUCUUUCAAUUCAGGAAAUACAAAAAAAAAUAGUGAGUUCAAAUGGAUGUGAUUGGUCCCUGUGCCUGUCCAUCAGAUCUGCUCACUAAUUGAUUGGUCUCUUUCCUUGUCCGUCACAGGUCCGCUCCCUGGAGGAAUCUCUGAAUGACACGGCUGGGCGGUACAACCGUGAGAUGACCCGUCUCAAUAAGAUCCUGCUGCAGUUGGAGGGAGAGCUGGGCCAGGUGAGGACGCAGGUGGAGAGGCAUGUGGAUGACUACCAGGAGCUACUCCACGUCAAGAUGAAGCUGGAGGCUGAGAUCGAGAACUACCGCCGCCUAAUGCAAGGCAUCGCCCCUACCCCCGACGACAGGUGAGCUAACGACGCACAAACCCAGAAGGAAUGGGGGCUCAGUACUCAUGACUUGAUGUGGUUUGUCAUAGCUAGUAUUCCCAGUUAGCCCAUGGCUUAUAAUGAGGUACCUAUACAUAGGAUCAUACAAUAUUUAGAUUAUAUAGGGUCUGUAGCGGCAACACAUUUGCAGUAAACCUGGUAUUACAUUUCAAGUUGCCAGUUAAGUGGUGUACCUGAUCCUCUUCCCCAACAGCGUGGAGUUUUCUUUAGAGCAGGCACUGAAUUGUGGUAAGUACUGGAUACCAGCCUUACUAAACCAUUUGAUCUGAUGUAUGGGGAGAAAACACCAGGGAAUCCAACAUACCGUUGUAUCACUGUCAAUCUAACAUGUCUCUGUCACAUACCAAUCAAUCACAGUGCACUCUAACACUCACACCACUCCAGAUUGCUGUUCAUUCUCAGUUAUGGCUAAUAUCACUCUGUCUGUGCUACCUACCUAUGUCACUGUAUAACUGCAUGGAGUCAAAGACAAUGUUAUUAACAUGUUGUAGAUGGAUCCGAUGGUAUUGUGAUUGUGAGUGGUUCCUUGUACGAUUGUAAGACAUUGAUUCAUUUGAUCCCAAUGUUAUGUUGAUGUGUUGCAGAGGUGGUGUCUAUUCCCAUUCAAUUCAUGCAAACAUAUGAAUCAAGUAGGAUGUGCAAUUUGAUUUGAACAUGGCCAAUAUACUAUACAUUUCCAAUUCAAAUUAUAUGUCUUCUUCAAUUAUAGUCUGGUGGAACCGUCCUGAUCGCGCAAUAGCUCACAUUCUGUUUUAAACAGAAACAGAGUGGUGAGCGUAGCAAUCAGGACGGUUCCACAAGGCUACUUCAAUUCCUCAACUGAAAAAUAUCCUACAGAACCUUUAGACUGAGAUCUUCUUCCUCUUUCCUGACUCCACAUCAGUCGCCCCAGCCAACUAAGAAGGCCUUGAAGAAGGAUGAGGUUGAUGGAAAGGAGGUCCCCAAAAAGACAGAAGCCCCUGGCGACUCAGAAAGGUCUCCCUCCAACCCAAGAGGCCCCCACAAAGAAGGAAGACCCUGCAACUCAAUAGAGCCUCCCUACGAAGACAGAGGAGGCCUCUACAAAUGCAGCUAAGGCUGUGACACCAACACCUGAAGCAGGCACCAACUGAGGAGGAUAAACCAAAGAAAGAUUCCUCCUCUUCUUCUUCCUCCUCCUCCGAUUCAGACGACAAUGACCAUAAAGAGAAACCCAUAAAGAAGUCUGCCCCCCGAAACCCCUCCUCCUCACCUCAACCUCCAUCUCUUGUCUUUUCUAUUCAUGUUUUGAAGCCCAGCAUCGUAACUAAUGGUGUUGUGUACGGUGUUAAGUAGCCUUGGUGUUAUUAUUCCAAUGCAUUCUUUCUUAGAGAUGUUUAUCUACUAAAUAAAUAUGUUCGAC